GUCUUUUUUCGAGACGGCAUUUGAAAAAGCGGGGUUAGUAAUGUGGUAGUCUACAUGGGAGGACUAGAAAAGUAAAAGGCAUUAGGCAUUUCUAAAAGAAGUCUACGCUUAUACAACAUAAGUAUCAGUUUAUCAGGAGCAAAAUACCAUCACUGACAACUUCCUAACAUGCCAACAGCAAAAGACGGCGAAGAGCCACCCAAAAAUACGGUAACGCUAUCUUCCCCACCGUCUUCUUCUUCGUCGUCUUUAUAUUUAAAGGACCAGUGUGUAUGAGUAAGUGGAUAUAUUGGCAGACAUUAGAUAAUGUGUAUUCUGUUUUCAUUAGUGCAUAACGUUAAUCGCAUGAAACUAUGAUUCGUUAUGCCUUUGCUAGCUUAGAAUGAGCCUUUCAUAUCUACAAGAGAGAUAAGCUGGCCCUCUUCAACGGAGCCCGCCAUGUUGCACCGCCAUGUUUCUACCGUGUCCCACAAAGGACAAACUAAAGACUGGUUCUAAACAGGGCCUUUGACGUUUACAUUGAAGUGUCUGCAUGAAUGCACCGGUUGGAAGGUGAAGAAGAAGACAUAUUGUAUUAAGUGGUUGCUGGUGCGGGCUACGCAUUUGUGUUGUGAAAAGUUUGAGAACCCAAAUGUUGACAAAUGGAGGAUCAUACUUAUUUUUUAGCACAAGAAAAAGCAAAGGAGCGUGAACCCUCGCUGUCAUAGAAGUGCAAAUGUUAAGAAACAAAACGAAAGCGGGACAGGCGACGACAGAAAACCAGGAUAAAUAUGGUGUGGCCUUUCGUACAUGGAAAUCGCUGAUGAGGGACAAAUGUUUUCAGAGUGACGCCGAAGUUGCAAGUUUUCUGCUGAACUUAAAGGCCACCCACGAGCAGCGCCUGUCCAGAGUGUUUGACGAAGUGAUGGGGCUUGGAGACUUUGCUGACUCCUCCAGGGGCUCUGCCAGCUCUUCCCGGAGUGGAGGUCAGGACGAGACAAAGGCAGUAGAAGAAACUUCAGGACAAGGGGAACACCAACCAGUAGAAGAAGAGGAUAGCAACGGCAGCAGUCAAGAAGAAAAGAUGGAUGAGGGGGUGGGAGAGUCAUCCUUUCCUCGCAGUUCCUCCCCUUCCACGGUCCGACCCUCCUCGUUUACCAUGGGAGCUAACGAAAGAGGAGGAGGAAGUGGAGGGGCCGCAUGUGAUGACGCACUGGAUGGCCUUCCUGCGUUUGGGCCAGAAGAAGAGGAAGAGGAGGAAGAUGACGAAGAAGAAGAUGAAAACUGGCACUUUUCCCUGCCAAUGGGCAGCCUGGAGGAUGCUAAUGUGGGUAAGGCAAACCGAAAAGCAUUCAAACCAAGAUUCGGAAACAACGCAACUCCAGGCGAACCCUCUGCCCUUCAGCCCAGAGAGGAGGAGGAGGAGGAAGAGAGGGAAGGGAGCACAGAGUCUGCUAACACCUCUCACUCCUCAAAGGACCACACACCUGAAAACAGCCGAGAUGGAGGUGUCCUGAACCAGACAGAGGAGACUGAAGAUAGCCAGGAGGGAGAGAGGUCAGAGGCAGCUCCGAUGGAGGACAGUACUCCCCCAUUGCCUACUACAAUCAAUAUCAAAGAUGAGCCAAUCGAUGAGGGCUACGACAACGCUUUACUGCCUCAGAGCUCCAUCAGACAGAUCAAAGAGGAGCUGGAGAAUCAGGAGGAGGAGUUGAGGAUCAGCUCCGUCUACUCUGUAGGUGGAGGGAACACCUUUACAUCCCCUUCUGUUCCAGCAGCAGUCUCAGCUCCUUCUACGGCGACCAUUUUUAUCCCAGGUAGAAGCGCUGUCCUACAAGCCAUGGCUCCCUUCCCUCUCAGACCACCAGCUCCAAUCCCAAGUUCACUACCGGCUUUGGUACCAGCACCCCCCCGCCCACCUCCGCCCUCCGUUCCUGGGAGCGUUCGCUGCAGUGGCUGCUCUAAGGUUCUGCUGAAAGGCCAAACAGCAUUCCAAAGAAAAGGUUCCACACAGCUCUUCUGCUCCACGGUCUGUCUCACCGGCCACCUGCCUGCAGCCAACAAGAACCGGUCCUGUUUCCAGUGCAACAGGGAGAUCCUUCAGCCCAGGGACAUGAUCACGAUUCCAGGAGACGACAACACCUUCAUUAACUUCUGUGGCCAGUUCUGUCUGUCUGUCUUUAGACACAAGAAGAAACAGACUGACAAGAUUCCUGAUAAAAGACUAGAGAGGAAGCCCGAGAAGCCGCCUGAGAAACCAGUGGAGCGACCGCUUGACAAACCCGUUUGUAGUGUCUGUAGAGUCUCUAAUAGGCAAAUCGAGCAUGAGGUCACCCAUCAAGGCCGUCUGCACAGACUCUGCAGCGAUGCUUGCUUUGUUACAUGGCGCAAGAUGCGGCACCUAGCAAUGAACUGCUGCGAAGGCUGCGGACUUUACUGUAGCAGCAGCUCAGGCUCCUGUCAGACGCUCACAAUCGACAGAUCUCAGCUCAACUUCUGUGGUCCCACCUGUAUUGGCACCUACAAGCAGAGUUGCAGAAAGACUGUUGAGUGUGCCUACUGUCACAAAAUGGCGAUAGUGUCUUUCACCAUCAUGGAACGAGACCAAAGAGGCAAAGUCCAGCUUUACUGUUCAGCUGCUUGUGUGGAACGCAGUCGACCACCGCGACACAUCCUCACUGGUGCUGCAUUCCCCUGCUGCCUGUGCAAGGUGUCAGCUGUUCCUCAGUAUCAUCUGGCCAUGGUGGACGGCACCAUUCGUAACUUCUGCUCCUAUGACUGUGUUUCCGUAUACAGGAAGUCCGGGGCCACCUCUCAGCCAGACCUUAUCAAUGGAACCUCCGUUCUCAGGGACCCCUCCCUCAGAGAUGCCCCAAAACCAGGGCCCUCUGUAGGAGUCAGCUCAGUCCCUCCCAUCCCUCAGGACCACCCAUCUUCAGUCCCCUACCAGAGCCACCAUCCCAGUCAUACCUCAGUGCCCCCACUGGCGCCUCCCUACCCAGCCAUGUCCUCCCCCCCUGUCCCAGGGCAAGCCCAGGCCAGAGCACCUGCUGGUCAGCCCCUGAAACCAGCAGAGGGCGGACCCAGUGACACCUCUAAGCUGACCUGCCAUCAGUGCAGCAAACGGUUCAACAUGAAGCCGCUGCUACUCAGUCACCAAGGUCAUAUUUCUAUGUUCUGCAGUGGGACGUGCUGUGAGCAGUAUAAAACCCAGAAGAAUAUCCUGAUUGUGUGCGAGUUCUGUAAACAGGAGAAAGUGCUCUUUGACACCAUCAGCUAUAACCAACAGGACCUGAUCUUCUGCGGUGAAAGCUGUAAGCAACUUUUCAAACACGACCUGACAUCCCGUAACAAGGAUCAUCCUUGGCGUCCCUGCACCUACUGCUCCGGCAUCAACCAGAAGAUGCUGCACAGCCACUACGGAGGCAGGAUGGAGGAGUUCUGUAGACCCCACUGCAUGUCCCAGUACACUGUGCUCUACUAUGGGAUGGGUCGAUGUGAUGGUUGUCGGAAACAGGGCUAUAUGGCUGAGAAGCUGCAGUGUUUGGGUUCAGUCCGUAAUUUCUGCAACCUGCCCUGCCUACUGCAGUACUGCUACCUGCAUUUUGAGACGAGCCAGCACACCAGCAGUAACGGUACUGGAACGGCCCCACAAACACCGUUUGCUCCAACACAGCCCCACCAUUCCUCAAAGAUGAAUCCCGUCAUCGCUGAUGUCGUGUCACUGGCCAACGGCUCUGCCUCUCAGCCCAGUGUGUCAGCAGAUACUGCUCUUACUGGAGCACUUCCGACCUCCAACGUUGAUGGCAAGAACCUAGACCAUGCCAGUACUCAGACUGAUGCCAUGCGAGUGCCAAUGCCCCGUCGCCGUCAAAUGAAGAAUAAGUCGGUUCUGUGUCGGCCCUUCACCAUGGACCAAGAGAGCAUGUGCCAGCUGCCCACCCCCUUCGAUGAUUUAGCAGCUGUUUCAAUAAUUGCACCAGCUCUGCUAGAUAGCUCCUCGCAACCUGACCACCCAUCCGCAGAAGCAUCCACAUCCACAUCUCCAGCGCCAUCACCAAAACCUCAGGGAGAAACUCAGGGAGAAACUGAGCCGCGUAACGGCGUGCCAGCGCGCCUGAGCGGCCGCCAUUUCCUGGCCAGGAGGGAGACCGACUCUGAAUGCAAGGUCUGCUCGCAACACAAGAGGAGGAGAGUGGAGGAAGAGGAGCAGGGGGGAAAGAAGAAGAAGCCCAAGACGGAGGAGGGUGAGGAGCCAGUGAGGAAAACGGAAGAAGAGUCGGAGGAGGCAAAGGACGGGGAGAGCAAAGAGGGGGAGCACUCGGAAACAAAGCAUUGUGAGCUGAAGUGUGGGACAAUGAGGAGGCAGACGCCGUAUUACUGUAAGACGUGUUCAGGAGAGCCCAGCCUCUGUCCUGUGCCCUGUUUUGAACUCUACCACACCAGACUGAUCUACAAAACAUCUCCUGAACUGGAAGCACAAGGUGAGCCUUCUGAAUAACGCAACACUUUUAAUAUACCAUGAAAUAGUUUUUUAAAUGUAUCAUUUUACCACAGUUGUUGUCCACUAGGAUUCUUCUUUUGUGUGCAGUGCAUAUAAAUUGCGAUAACUGUCACUAAAUUAAAGGGAUAUCCCUGAUUUUUUUUGUUUUUUGAUUUUUUAUUUUUUUUUAAUUUUGGGAAGUGGGCUUGUAUGCGGUACUUAAACAUAGUCAGUUUAUUCCCUUUAGUAGGUGGCGGUCGGGACACCCCCAGUCUGGAGAAACAGAGGGGAGAACCAGCUCUGGAGCAAAGCAAUUUUCUGCUGUCGACGUGGGCAGCUGCUAAAUGUAUUUCAGACACAUAAAAACAAUCAAUCAGUUUAGAAUAAUUUCAACGCAUUACUUUGCCAUCAGACAGCCCUUUGCGACUGGCAAUUGAAGCUGUAUGCUCUCUUUAAUGUCACAAGACUCCAUUGACAAAAAUGGUUAUUGAAUCUUGAAUUCACUGCCAGAUGGUUGAUUCACUUUGGGGAGUCACACAAACUUACCUAUCGAGGCAGCGGUAGACCAGCAACUCCAGUGUUCUGCAAAGUAAAAUGACUGCUUUUGUCAAAGGAGUCUUGACACUGAAGAGAGCGUUAAUCGAUAAAACCACUUCAUUCCUCCAUUGGAAAGGACUGACGGCAAGGCAAAAUAUUGCAAAUGUAGCAUACACUAAAACAGAUCCAUAUUUUUAGGUUCCUAAAAUACAUUCUGCUGCUGCCCCCCGUCUCCUGCUCCUGCCCCCCAUCUACUGUCGGUAAUACACUAUGGAUCUAAGUACCUCAUGCAGCUUACUUCAAAAAAUCCAAACUAUCCCUUUUAAUGCUGUUAAAAUCAUAGAAACAACAAUGUACUGGUAUGAUCUGUUGAUAUUUAUGUCCUUUUUCCAAGUCAAUUCAACUGAUUUGUUAAGAGGGUCGAGUUUGUCACCCUAGUUUUUCUCUCCACAGCCUCCUGACCUGCUGACGUGAGAAGUUGUCUUCUACCCGAACGCGGACAAAGAUUAAACUACAGGAUUAACCGGCUGUGUUCACACCUACACUACUUUAGUGACCGUAACCUCCUUUUUUAGUUUAACUUAUUGACAGUAACCACAGAAGACCAGUUUCAGCAGUUACAUGGAUGUGUAUUUGCAAACUGAUGGUGCAGUGAAGUGAUUCAGUUAAAGGAGGUUUUAUAUAUAUAUAUAUAUACAUGGCAGUAUUUAUACAGAACAGGUCUCAAGGCUGUCUUUGUGUAUCGUCUUCCUACAAAGGGUAUUUAUUUUGUGUGACGGUACUGCAAGUCAUCUAUAACUUAUGGACUAACGGUUUAGAUUGACAUACUUCCUUAAGUGCUUCCCUGGCCUACAACACGGUGCUGUAACAUGCAGGUAAAGAUACCUCGUGUCAUGAGACAUGAACAUCAUGGCACAUUUGCCAAGUGUCCUAAAACUUGUGACUGUGAUGUUUUAUUCAUUUCACCUGUGUGUGUGUUAUGUAAACUGUUCUGUGCUGUCACUUUAUUAAUGUUGCGUUCUUAUACACACACACACUUGUUUUUACCACCAACGUAUCCCUUGAUGUGAUGUCACUUUACAUUACAGUCAUGCGUUGUGUCACUAGCAGUAGUGAUGCCUGUCCUACAGUAUUUAGCCUGAUCCGUACAUUUAUUCAGGUCACUUGUGCCUACCUACCCGCCCAGAUGCAGCUCAUGGGGGGAAAACACCGUACGUCACUGAACAGGUUUAUCAUGAAAGGGAUACCAUUGUUUAGGUAAACCAACUUCUGAUAUGUUUUUGAAAAAAAGCUCCUGAGCAUAUUCCAUUUACAACAGGGAACAAUUUAUGCUAAAACUCUUAAGUGAAAAUGUGCCCGACAAGAAAAUGCAGGUUCAUGGAGCCGUCUCCAGGCAACUGCUGCUAAAUGUGCUUCUACUUUGGAUGAAACACUCACGAGUACUGAAUCAGUAUUAAAGAGUUCUUUGUGUUGUAAGUUCUUGUAAAACUGGCUCAUUUUUUUACGGGAUCUUCAACCGCAGUAUAGAUGAACUAAGUAACUUCUGUCUAGAGGGCGGGCACCAUACUAGAGUUCAUUCUCUCAUUAAGGAUCAAUUAGCUAGACUUAAAGAUGCUGGCUGCUUAAUGAAAUGCAGCAGUUGCUCUGUAAUGCAGCCAGAGCCAGCGGAUGAUCUUAGGUGGAGGUCAUUUAGUUUGGGUUCACUUGUGCUGCCAUGUUGACCAGAGGAGAUGGUGUAACAUUCACCACCUAUAGCUUAAGAUGCUGGUACACACCAGGCUGAAAUCCGCAAUCACUUGAAUUUUUUGUGUCUGAGUGAAGAAAACUGCAUUCCAUUGAUGUUCAGUUACCUUAUUUGUACUGUUAAGCUACAUUUUUAUGUUUUAUUUUUUGAAUGUGUGACGUAUGUAUCAAAAUGAAAUCCCUUGCUGUACCUCACUAUUCAUUUGAACCAACGCUGACUUCAAUUCAUCCGUCUGCUGUCGGAGCGAGUCAGCGCGACGCUUAAGUUGAUUCCAGCCCUGUGGUGCAUCUCUAAUAAAUGGUUUACUUUUUACUUCUUUUGCAGCCUACUGUCUGUUGUUGGUGUUUUUUAACUUCGCCACUGUUACGGCAUGUUUUUAUUUAUCGUUCCUUAUUUUUAUGAUGACACUGACAUGGAUUGGAUUGCGACAUCAUGUUGCAUUGCUGCCUUUUAUUGUUUGUUUUUAAAAGAACCGUGUGGAUGGUUUCGUAAAACUCAAAUAAAUGGGUCAAUAAAUUUAAUUUGUGAAUACAAUUUUGUUCGUCUCGAUGUGUGAGUUAUAUUUCUCAGAUUUUACCUGCCUGACAGUCUAAACCAAACUAUCAAGUAGCCGUUAUUUAGUAACUCUCUCACCUCUGAAAUCAUUUGUCCCAGUGUUACAAAAGGCUGCGGUCAGUUGUAAUCAUGGCUGCAUCCAAGACAUAAACUCUGCGAGACCCAAAGUAAGAAAGACAAAACCGAACUCUCCAAGCAGACGCACAGUCUGCAGACGGAUGAGGAAACCGGCCAAGCUUCUUUUUUUUUUUUUUUUUUGCUGCUAAAGUGCCUAAAAUUAAUAACAAAUUUAAUACAUUGUUAUAAUAUAGAUACAAAUACAUGCAAAUAUGUUUUAGUUAGUCUUAAGUACUAAGUACUGUGUCACUGGUCAUAUGACCACCAGAAUAGAUGGCCACAGACCGAGGUGAUUUACUCUCAAAUAAAGGUGUUUCCAGUGACGGAAAGCUCUGCUGCUGCACACUAAAGGACCGGCACGCUGCAAUCAGACAGUACGAGGGGCAGGUAAAUAUGUUGACAAUUGAAUGAUGAUGAAAUCAGUUUGAUGCUUAUAAGUUGUGAUCUGCUGUGACUUCCAAAACAUCUGGAGUCUGUUGAUAUGUCAACAGAUCUUCAGGAUAGUAGUUUCACUUUUUAAGUCUAAGGUCAUGUGUUCCCCAAAUGAAAGGUGCCUUGAAAAGUGAAACUGUUGAUGCGUUUGGAUGCACAUUCCUUUGCAUAGAUCCAGUUAUUAGUGAAGUCAUGACCUGCUCCACUGAUGUUGUGCUACAGGUUCUAUGUGUAACAUUUUAGCUUCAAUAAGUCACAACUGCAUUCAUUCAUUUUGAGUUGUUGGAGAUCCAUGGUCUUAUAUUCAUUGUGAUUUUUCACGUCAAAAUAACAUGCGUGGUGGUGAUGAUAAAAAUGUGGUGUCGAUCAUGUUGUCCAUCAGUAAUAUGAAUGUGUUUAUGCGUGUAUUUUAAAAUACUUUUUAUGAAAAUAAGUCUUCUUGCCCUCAACUGUAAUAGUUAUAUUUAAGAAUGACCCAGAAACUGCUCUGUUCAUUUCUGCAUCAUAGAAUGAUGCAGCUCCAAGACUGAAUAUAGUAGUAUCAUAUAUUGUAUUGCAAUAAAAGCUGUACGUAUCUUAGUUGUCACCAAUUCAUUUACCUCUUAUAUAAAGGUCAUUUCUCUUUCACUUUGAUAUUUUGGAGACGGUUGGAUGUUUGAGCCUAAUCUGUCCAUUUGUUGUUUCUUUGCCUUCUUUUCUCCUCUUGCCCGUCUCUCUCUCUUUCUCUCUUCUUCAUGAUCUCGCU